AUGGAUAGAUCCCAGAGAAUUGAUGAAUGUAUGGCCGCUGUGUUCUAUCAGAGUGAUGUUGAUGAAUGGGGAUCUUAUGGCGAGGUUUCAUACAAGGCCAUACUGAAGCAGGAUACAUGUUCUUAUCAGUUAGCCUAUGCACGUCUUUGUUGCUGUGCCUACCAUUUGAGCUCCAUUAAUGCCGCUGAGAGUGGUUGCGACCGGAUUCUAGCUUGGAUAGGGACUCAUAAGAUGCCAAAUGGUGAAGUAUUCUCUCUCCGUGGACCCAAUUACUUUGCCAAGAAAUCCAAAGCGCCGGCCGGUGAUUGGAUGCUGAACCCUGCUGGAGUUGACUGGGUACGAUCCAAUUCCAAGCUCGAUCACGUUCUUUCCAGGCCCGAUAACCGUGUCAUGGCUUCUUUGAGAAGCUCGAAAACACCGGAAAAAUGGUCCAAAAUCUUCAUUGUCGCGGUAAAUUUACAGGUUCCGGGCUGGGAUCAUCACAGUGCGCUCAGCUAUUGCCACGGCAAUUUUGCGCCUCGCUCUGGGAUACGUCACGUGGACAUGGGUUUUCUGGUGGAGUCUCAAUCGGAGGAGGAGUUACCCGAGAGAUUGUUCGGGGCGGUACGGAUUUGUCAAAUAGAGAUGAGUUCUGCAGCCUUUGUGGAUAGUAUCCUCACAUUCCUCUGA